CAGGGCGGACACUCUACCACUAGGUCACUGAGCUGGGUUGUUUAAUGGCGGUCAGUAGACGCGGCAAUACAGCAGAUGAAACAACAACCCCCACUCUCCAGUGUGAAAAUGUCUGGGACCACAGCAGAGUACAUGAAGGAAAAGGACCGCAGUCGUCGACGACUGGAACAUCUUUGGCUGCAGCCUUAUGUUGUGUUGCGCAGAGCAGACAUCAGUGAAGCUAUUCGUCCUAAGCAGGAGGAGCCAGACCGCACUCGCAUUAAAGAGGAAGAUGUGGGCAAAGAGGUCCACCACUUCAAUGACCAAAUGGAGCAGAAGUUUCCAUGCACUAUAAAAGAGGAAGAACCGGAGCGGCCUUGUAAUGAAGAGGGAGAGGACUCCUGCGACAUUAGAAAGGAGGAGGAAGAUACCUGCAAGAUGCCAUUGACGGGUGUUCCUGUGAAGCGUUUAGAUGAGGGUCAAGAUAAGGUGAACACAGGGGCGGAGCCUCCAAGCUGCACCUCAAGUCAACAAAUGACCAGAGGUGAUGGAGACCACUGUGGAGGAUCACAAGCAGCUCCACCGUCAGAUAGUGAUGAGGUGUUGUCACAUGUUCCUGCUUCUGCUUCUGCUGCUGCUGCUGCUGCUGCUGCUGCUGAUGAUGAUGAUGAUGAUGAUGAUGAUGAUGAUGAAAAAUACUCUCGGAGGGAACAUUUAACAAUGCACACAAGAAUCCACACUGGCGAGAAACCUUUUUCAUGCUCAGUUUGUGGCCAAAUAUUCUCUCAAAAGGAAAGCUUAAAAUCUCAUACAAGAAUCCACACUGGCGAGAAACCUUUUUCAUGCUCAGUUUGUGGCCAAAUAUUCUCUCGGAGUGGACAUUUAAAAAGGCACACACGAAUCCACACUGGUGAGAAACCUUUUUCAUGCUCAGUUUGUGGCCAAAUAUUCUCUCAAAAGGAAAGCUUAAAAUCUCAUACAAGAAUCCACACUGGCGAGAAACCUUUUUCAUGCUCAGUUUGUGGCCAAAUAUUCUCUCGGAGUGGACAUUUAAAAAGGCACACACGAAUCCACACUGGUGAGAAACCUUUUUCAUGCUCAGUUUGUGGCCAAAUAUUCUCUCAAAAGGAAAGCUUAAAAUCUCAUACAAGAAUCCACACUGGCGAGAAACCUUUUUCAUGCUCAGUUUGUGGCCAACAAUUCUCUCACGGGGAAACUUUGAAAAGGCACACAAGAAUCCACACUGGCGAGAAACCUUUUUCAUGCUCAGUUUGUGGCCAAAUAUUCUCUCAAAAGGAAAGCUUAAAAUCUCAUACAAGAAUCCACACUGGCGAGAAACCUUUUUCAUGCUCAGUUUGUGGCCAAAUAUUCUCUCGGAGUGGACAUUUAAAAAGGCACACACGAAUCCACACUGGUGAGAAACCUUUUUCAUGCUCAGUUUGUGGCCAAAAAUUCUCUCAAAGGGGAAACUUAAAAUCUCAUACAAGAAUCCACACUGGCGAGAAACCUUUUUCAUGCUCAGUUUGUGGCCAGGAAUUCUCUCAUAGGGUAAGCUUAAAAUCUCAUACAAGAACCCACACUGGCGAGAAACCUUUUUCAUGCUCAGUUUGUGGCCAAAGGUUCUCUCGAAGGGUAGACUUAAAAUCUCAUACAAGAAUCCACACUGACGAGAAACCCUUUUAAUGCUCAGUUUGCGGCCAAGAAUUCUCUCAGAGUGGACAUUUAAAAGAGCACACAAGUAUCCACACUGGUGAGAAACCUUUUUCAUGCUCAGUUUGUGGCCAAAAAUCUUCUCAUAUCUUUGUGGGCAAAAAUUCUCUGAGUGGACAUUUAAAAGAGGACACAAGAAUCCACACUGACGUGGCAAUACAGCAGAAGAAACAACAACCCCCACUCUCCAGUGUGAAAAUGUCUGGGACCACAGCAGAGUACGUGAAGGAAAAGGACCGCAGUCGUCGACAACUGGAACAUCUUUGGCUGCAGCCUUAUGUUGUGUUGCGCAGAGCAGACAUCAGUGAAGCUAUUCGUCCUAAGCAGGAGGAGCCAGACCGGACUCGCAUUAAAGAGGAAGAUGUGGGUAAAGAGGUCCACCACUUCAGUGAACAAAUGGAGCAGAGGUUUCUAUGCACUAUACGGAGCGGCCUUGUAAUGAAGAGGGGGGGAGAGGACUCCUGCGACAUUAGAAAGAAGGAGGAAGAUACCUGCAACAUACCAUUGACUGGUGUUCCUGUGAAGCGUUUAGAUGAGGGUCAAGAUAAGGUGAACACAAGGGCGGAGCCUCCAAGCUGCACCUCAAGUCAACAAAUGACCAGAGGUGAUGGAGACCACUGUGGAGAAUCACAAGCAGCUCCACCGUCAGAUAGUGAUGAGAUGUUGUCACAUGUUCCUGCUGCUGUUGCUGCUGCUGCUGCUGCUGCUGCUGCUGCUGCUGAUGCUGAUCAUGAUGGUGAUGAUCAGUCUCAAAACAAACACAGGCAAUGUUCUCACUGUGGAAUAUUUGUUGGUCAUAGCAGUAGCUUGAAACAACACAUGAGAAUGUACACAAGAAAGAAAACCUUUUUCUGCUCAGAUUGUGGCCUAAAAUACUCUCGGAGGGAACAUUUACCAAUGCACACAAAAAUCCACACUGGCGAGAAACCUUUUUCAUGCUCAGUUUGUGGCCAACAAUUCACUCACAAGGCAAGUUUUAAAAGGCACACAAAAAUCCACACUGGUGAGAAACCUUUUUCAUGCUCAGUUUGUGGCCAAACAUUCUCUCGAAAGGUAAGCUUAAAAUCUCAUACAAGAAUCCACACUGGCGAGAAACCUUUUUCAUGCUCAGUUUGUGGCCAAGAAUUCUCUCAGAGUGGACAUUUAAAAGCGCACACAAGAAUCCACACUGGCGAGAAACCUUUUUCAUGCUCAGUUUGUGGCCAAAAGUUCUCUCGAAGGGUAAACUUAACAUAUCAUACAAGAAUCCACACUGGUGAGAAACCUUUUUCAUGCUCAGUUUGUGGCCAAUCAUUCUCUCAAAAGGAAAGCUUAAAAUCUCAUACAAGAAUCCACACUGGCGAGAAACCUUUUUCAUGUUCAGUUUGUGGCCAAAAAUUCUCUCACAGGAAAAGUUUUAAAAUGCACACAAGAAGCCACACUGGCGAGAAACCUUUUUCAUGCUCAGUUUGUGGCCAAGAAUUCUCUCAGAGUGGAUAUUUAAAAGAGCACACAAGAAUUCACACUGGCGAGAAACCUUUUUCAUGCUCAGUUUGUGGCCAAAAAUUCUCUCAUAGGAAAAGUUUUAAAAUACACACAAGAAGCCACACUGGCGAGAAACCUUUUUCAUGCUCAGUUUGUGGACAAAAAUUCUCUCAAAAGGGAACCUUAAAAUCUCAUACAAGAAUCCACACUGGCGAGAAACCUUUUUCAUGCUCAGUUUGUGGCCAAAGAUUCUCUCGAAAGGUAAGAUUAAAAUCUCAUACAAGAAUCCACACUGGCGAGAAACCUUUUUCAUGCUCAGUUUGUGGCCAGCAAUUCUCUCACAGGCCAAGUUUUAAAAGGCACACAAGAAUCCACACUGGCGAGAAACCUUUUUCAUGCUCAGUUUGUGGCCACAAAUUCUCUCAAAGGGUAAGCUUAAUCAGGCACACAAGAAUCCACACUGGUGAGAAACCUUUUUCAUGCUCAGUUUGUGGCCAAAUGUUCUCUCUAAAGGAAAGCUUAAAAUCUCAUACAAGAAUCCACACUGGCGAGAAACCUUUUUCAUGCUCAGUUUGUGGCCAACAAUUCUCUCACCGGACAACUUUUAAAACACACACAAGAAUCCACACUGGCGAGAAACCUUUUUCAUGCUCAGUUUGUGGCCAAGAAUUUUUUCAGAGUGGACAUUUAAAAGAGCACACAAGAAUUCACACUGGCGAGAAACCUUUUUCAUGCUCAGUUUGUGGCCAAGAAUUCUCUGAGAGUGGAUAUUUAAAAGAGCACACAAGAACUCACACUGGCGAGAAACCUUUUUCAUGCUCAGUUUGUGGCCAAAAAUUCUCUCACAGGACAAGUUGUAAAAUGCACACAAGAAUCCACACUGGCGAGAAACCUUUUUCAUGCUCAGUUUGUGGGCAGAAAUUCUCUCAGAGUGGACAUUUAAAAGAGCACACAAGAAUCCACACUGGUGAGAAACCUUUUUCAUGCUCAGUUUGUGGCCAAAGAUUCUCUCGAAGGGUACACUUAAAAUCUCAUACAAGAAUCCACACUGGCGAGAAACCUUUUUCAUGCUCAGUUUGUGGCCAAAAAUUCUCUCAAAAGAAAAGCUUAAAAUCUCAUACAAGAAUCCACACUGGUGAGAAACCUUUUUCAUGCUCAGUUUGUGGCCAAAAAUUCUCUCUAAAGGAAAGCUUAAAAUCUCAUACAAGAAUCCACACUGGUGAGAAACCUUUUUCAUGCUCAGUUUGUGGCCAAAAAUUCUCUCAUAGGGUAAGCUUAAAAUCUCAUACAAGAAUCCACACUGGCGAGAAACCUUUUUCAUGCUCAGUUUGUGGCCUUAAAUUCUCUCAAAGGGUAAGCCUAAUCAGGCACACAGAAGCCCACACCUAACCCUGUUGCCUGCUCAGUCAGUUUCCAAAGUCUAUUGAGAAUUCUGAGUGUCUUGGGUAGAUGAGCAAAGAUCCAUGAAGUUCUCACCCAUUUGAGCAGACUUUAUGAUAAUUCUAUUCUAGUAUUGUUGGGAAAAAUAUACUUUUUAUCAUUGGAUUCUAUGUAUCUACUUAUGUGUGCAAGAUCUUCCACAGUAUGAUCUCGUUAUAAUGACUUGGGAGCAUAUGUCUGGCUAAGGAGCUCAUGACUCGCGCUACACAAUAAGCCUCAUAGUUAGCUAUACAUGAACAGAUCAUGUGGUUGUCAUGGGAUGGCUGAAGCAGACAAACGUCUUAUUUAAGUAGAAGUCAUGAGUACGCCACAGAGGUAUGCAUCCCAGGGGCACUAAGACUACGUCUUUGUUAAGCUAAAGUCAUGAGAGGACCAUACUGCUCUGUCCAUAAUAGUAUCCCUGUUGUUCUGUGGUCAUGAGAUGUAAUUGUGGAAUGUCCUUCCUGCCUAAGAAACUCCGCAUUCAUGUACACUUGUCCCAUUGUUGUUCCUCAAUAAAAGGCACGACCAAACUGGACGAAGAGCGCGAAUCUCCGCCACACUUGCUGUGUGUCUGGUUUGCGCCCUUGUGCAAAGGUCGCUUGCCAUCAAAGACA